AUCCAAUAUGGCUUCCAUGACAUUCUAGUUUAAGCCACACUCGGCUCGAAAAUGUCAGUCUGUAGAGUGAAUUACCUUGUCUUCUAGGUUUUUGGCUCAUAUACCUAAGAAAUACUUGGGAAGGGUUCUACAUUCAGUGAUUACUGGCUACAGGAGUGGGCAUUUUGGAGAGAAAUGUGCUUACAUUUCUUAUAGAUGACCAGCUUUCGGCAGUAGCUGUACAUUUAGUGUAAUAUUAUUUUGGUUUUGUAUAAUGUUUGCGUUGUUUUCUGGGCUAUGGAAAUACCUUUUCCAAAAGGACGAAUACUGUAUUCUAAUCCUUGGCUUGGACAAUGCUGGGAAGUCGGUAAGAUAUUCUGGUAAUUUUGUAAACCACCAGAUAGAAUUAGAUAGUAUCGUUCACGACCUUUCAGGUGACGUAACAAGUAGGCAAAAACAAUAAUCCGUAUUUCUGAAAAGACUUGAAAUCAUGGCAUUACAUGUUUGCAACUGACUAACUAUGAAAACGGUGUUUUGUCCAUCUGCCUGAUUAAUUGGUUUGAUUUUCCACGUUGAUCUACACGUAUGUUCGUCCAAACGGCAAAAUUACAUAAUAUUAUCUGUACUAUCCCAUGCACAGCGAGCCCAAUUUCUAAUACAUUACAUUCUGACAAGUCUUGUUGAAAAUUUAUUGUGAAAAUUUUAAAUUUCAAACUUUGGACAACUGCUUUAAUUUUAUAACCCCAAGAUCUGGAGGAUUCCAGUCUUUUUCAUCACCAGAGUUACAGAGUAAGCCAUCAGUAUAAUGCACCGCACCUCAAAUUGAUUUUGAAUUUUGAGUGUCUCAAACUGUUGAUAAGUAUAGAACAUAAGAAAAUGCUUACUUCAAAUUGUAAGUAGAUUUUCUACAUUCCGUCACACCCAGCCAAAUAUAAUUGAAAUAGUGGUGUCUUAGUCACACAGAAAAUGGAAGUAAAGAAUUACUCUGUACCAGGACUUUGAUACCAGCUGUUGACCCUUUGACUGCUAAGAGUGAUUGGCAUCUAAUUUUUUUCCUCAAUAUCACCCCUGAAUCGAGUAUGAAAGUCAUGAAAACAAUAUCUAAAGAGGUUCUUGAUUACCCAAAAGUUCUCCUUGUUAGCAUCCUAGGAAAUGUAUAGAGAACAGUUUGGACAUUACGCAUAAUGAGGCUAGGGUAUUAAGGGUUGAAUAUGUGUAAGUGCAGAAUUAAAUCCAUGAGAGAUGGAUUUGAGUAUGACGAUCAUGAAGGAUAUUUUUGUGGUGGGUUUAACUUGGCAGAGCCAAUAAGGAAACUGACAAAAAUUUCCUUUACUCCAGUUUAAAAAUACUUUUUAUUGAUAAAGGAAGAUGUAAUGUCCCAACUUUUGCUUUAAAAGAGAAAAGAAAACAGAUUAUAUUGUUGCCCGUGGACAGCUCUGUUACUGCAACUCACCAAGAAAUUUCACUGUGCAUGGUAGAGUCUUUAAUCAAGAAUCAAGUCUGUGGUCAGUAGCAGAACCAGUUACAUGUACCACAGACAACUAAUUUUAAACUAGUUAACUCAAAAGAUAAACACCUCAGACUUACCAGACACACCAAAUAAUUAUCUAUCUUAAACUCCACAACUAGCAAAAACUACAUUGAGAAUUUUAAAGGACCAACUGAUUUCUGUAAGCUCUUACUGUAGUUAACUGAUAUAAUAAUGUUGUUAUUGAUUUCCAUCAUUAUAUCUUUUAGACUCUACUUGAACAGAUAAAACGAAUGUAUGGCAAAAACUACAGUGGUUUACCAUUUGAAAAGAUCACAACAACUGUUGGACUCAAUAGUGAGUUGCUUUAAUUUCUUUCUUAAAACAAUGUAAAAAGAUGCUGUGGCGUAUUUGCAAAAGCAAUCAGAAUGGAAUGAUCAAUCCAUACAGAUGUGAAUUUAGUGAAGAAUUUAUAUCAUUUUCAAUACAACUCUGCAAAACUGGGUUUGAUCACAGGCACCAGCUGCUUUGGAGCUGGGUCACUUAACCCCUUAACUCCUAAGAUCUCAUUAGUAAUUCUCCUUAUUGUCUGCCAAAUGAUUCUCAUUAUGUUAGUUUGGAGAAUUUGGUAUCGAAUCAAUUAGUAAUCCCAUAAUUGAUAUUUUUCUUUAUUCUCAUCCCUUGUCUGCAUGAUAUUGUAUAGAUAUAAUAAGUGGAAAUUCUGUCUUGGUCACUUGUGGGAGUUUAAGGGUUAAUGUUGGAUGUACAUACAAAAUCUAUGUUCAUUGAUCAACAAGAAGACCAAUGAUAAUGAAACAUUAAUUUUGUAACUUUUGUUUUCUUCUGUGAGCAGUUGGAAAAAUAAACAUGAGUCAUGUGAAGUUGAUAUUUUGGGAUCUUGGAGGUCAGCAGGAGCUACAAUCCUUAUGGGAUAAGGUACAACUAAUAUAACCAACUAAGUUCCUGGUGAAUGACCACACUUACCUAUGAUGUAGAUAAUGUACGAGCAUAGGAUUAUAAUAAUAUAAAGCCUAAAAUGAUAUACAUGUAACCAUACUAUAUGAGCAUUUCCUGCACUAGGAAUACGAAUGCACAAGAAUUUACAAUCCACAAAAUACUUUCACCUAUGCAUGAUUGGUGUGACAUCAUUAUAAGAUACUGCAUUUUGUAAUUGUUGCUCUUUUGAUACUUUGUUUAACUGGUACUUUCAAUUUAACUUUCCGUUAGUAAUUGAAUCAAGAGGGUGGCUUUUACACUGUGCACUGUACAUCUCAAUGUUCUCCCUUAUUUUACGCAUGACAGGUAAAAUAAAUUUUCAACCCUGUAAAGCAACCCUUUUACCUGUUGAAUUUUCAAGAAUUUAAGCAAUUUUAAACAGUAAUAAGAGGUAUUACAGGCAGUAAAUGUUACCAGUUACUGCCUGAAAAGGAGAACACUGCAUCUUGGUGGACUUGUACUUGAAUAUGUCAUAAUCUUCCUGUAGAAGACAUGUAGAAAAAAUUGGUGGAAAAUUACACAUAUAUGCUUGUACUUGGCUUUUACAAUUACUAUUAAUACUGUAUUCAGUAAAAAUUUUGAGCCUCAAUGUAAAUUGUAUGAUUUUUCAUUAAUUCCUAGUACUAUGAAGAAUGCCAUGGUGUUAUCUUUGUUAUCGAUUCCACUGAUGAGAUCAGAAUGGAGGAAUCUCAUCAGGCUUUCAGUGAGUGUUCACAUUUAUAUUAUAUUUGGAGUAUUAUAAGUUAGGACUGUUAAUCACCCUCCAUGCUGCUUUUUGUGUGUAUGUCAUUUUCGUUCACUUGCUGAUUCAAUCUUUAAGUCUAAAGUAACAAAGCUUAUUAUUUAUUUUUGUAGACAAAGUAGUUCAAGAUCCUCAGUUACAAGGAAUUCCUUUGCUAAUUCUUGUGAACAAGCAAGAUCUAGAGGUUUGUCAAAAAAUUCCUUGUACUAGCAUCAAUAUAACCUGAACACUGUUUGUAGGGUAUGUUGUGGUUCCUUGUGUUUUGCCUUAUUUUUGUACUCCUUCACUGGUGUACUUGCACUUGGAGACAUGUAUGCUAUGAUUAUGCAAAACAAAGGAGAAAGUUGAACCACACCAAAUACAACAGAAUGUGAAAUUAGCAGUCAUUUAGGGUGUACAUACUGAAGCUAUGUGUACAAUCGGCAACAAAAUUGUCAACAUAUUGAUUUUUUCAACCCCUUGUUACUUCAGUUUUAUCUCUACUGCCUUUGUUAAGUUAACUUAUUUGCCCCCCUCCCCCCCAAAACAAUGUUGUAUGGUGAUUCCAUGGACCUUUAGCUACAUGCAGGCAACAUUGAAUGGGUAAGGGGGGGAGGGGUCUUGUCAAUGAUUUAGAUUGUGGUAGAAACAGGAAAAUAAUGUGUCAAAUAAUUUUGACACUGAUUACAACUUAAUGAUACUAAAUUGAAUAUAGCUGUACCUGGUGCUGUAUGUUGUUGGGUAUUAAACUGUAUAAAUUUCUAAUUUACAAUACCAUUGUGUAGUGUCUACACUAAAUAAAUCAAUGAAAAUUUGAACCUUGUAUCUAGAUGAUAACUACACAUAUUUAUUUUGCUUUAAAAGGGUUCUCAGGGAGUGGAAGCCAUUAAAAAUUUCUUCCAUGACGACUCUUCUAGCAAUGGGCAACUUGAUUAUUUUAUUCAGCCAACAUCAGCUUUAAGUGGGUGAGUAAAGAAAUGUUGCUUUGUGAAACUAGCCAACUGAUUUUUCUCAACAAUAUCAAUUUCUUUAAUUGUUGUUCAUGCUUAUUGUGGUAAUUAUUAGGAUCUUCAACACUGUCUUUUAACCAAUUGUUAUACUCUGAAUCCUCUCAUUCCUUUACAUGUACUUAGUCAUUCUUUCAUGUAGAUCUCAGUAUUUAAACAUUAUUUUGGAUGUAUUCCAAUCUGGAUUUAUUUUACAGCUUUUAUUGUAAAUAUAAUUCACACCAGUGCUGAUAAUGGUGAUGAUGACAAUGACGCUUACUAUAAUUGUAACAUAUGCUAUUACCAUUCUUGUUUGGCUGAGUUCUUUGUUAUUUAUUUGUAACUUCAGAAUUGUAGUUCCAGUACAUAUGCAAUGUACAAGUUGUUCUUUUUUAUCAAUGCACAUCUCCUAUUUGUGUAUUGUAGUAUCACUGCCAGUAACAUGUACUUGUACAUAUAACUUACACUUAUUGCAAAAAGAUAUACAUUGGUGAAACAGGGAGAGGACUACUGUAGGUGCCCAAUUCCUAAAACACCUUUGCAAUGUUGAAAGAGAUAAUCAGGACACAUCCAAACCAGCUGCUAGACACAUUAAUCUCUGUAGUCACUCUAAGCAGCACAUGGCAGUCUGGGACCUUUCCUUACAUCUAGGCAGUUCGGAAAGCUGCAAAACUCUAGAACAAAAACUUAUCUUCAAAUUGGCACUCUUGAUCCCCACCACAUCAAGGGACACUUCAUUCAACUAAUUUAUUCUUGUUUUUCUUGUCACCGUGUUCCCACCAAUAUCAUAGUUCCACUUUCUGCAUAUAAAUGCACACACAACCCACAAUGCCUCCAUUGGCUCUGACAAAGGGCUAAAGCUUGAAACAUCAGCUUUGGAACUCCUUAUGGUGGCUAAGUUAGAAAUACAUUAUUUAUCAAAUCAGCUGAUAAAAUCAAAUUAUCUUGUUAUACUCCCUUACUGAUGCAGCAAUUUUUAUUUUUGGAAACUUACCCCCUUUUAUACUUGCUCAAAUAGUUAUCUGAAUCAAUUUCUAAUAUCUUUAGCUAAUCAAAAUGAGUGAUUGUUAGGACUCCAGGUUCUCAAUUUGCAUACAUACACAAUCCCUUACACUUGGCACAAUUUCAAAAUAACUUGAUCCUGGUAGCUUACAGAAACACUGAUGGCCCACUAUAAAUGGCUCAUCCCAACUUUUCACAAACUCUGUGCUUUAUGUUGAAAAUGAAACCAUUCUCACAUGUAGUUAGGCAUUACUCCCAUAUUUCAACAUUUCAUCUUCUGCCCAUGCUGCAAAAUGACACAUUUGAAAAUUAUCAAACAUUAAGGGCUGCUUUGAAGAAGGUCUAACCCAAGUUGCAACUUUACACAGACAGUGGGUUAAUUUAAUUAGAUAAAUGUCCUUCCUGUUAACUUUUGGCCCUCUUGACACUGUUCACAAAAAUGACAGUUUACUUAAAUAGAUAAAAGGUUCAAAAAAGUUGAAGAUAGUUUAGAACACCAUUUUAUUAAACAAUGGCUGAACUUUUUUUUACAUAACCUAUCCUUAGGUUUGCUUUGCUUCCCUUGGAACAUAACAGGAUUGUUAUCAACAUAGACAUGUUAUGGGUCACCAUGUCUACAAUUUGUUCACAUGUACAUAUUCAAUUUGGUGAACAAAAAAAACAAUGCCCAGUGAGCUGGAAUUAAAUUAAAUUUUAAAAAAAGGCCUUCCUUUUGUACAUGUAGCUUCCUGCAUUUACACAACAGGAAAUAAUUGUCAUUCACACAGUUAAAACCACAUGGCUGUUUUAAAUACCCACUCAAAACCUGAGGGGCUGGGUUCUUUUAUCUUGGAAAUAUUCUAAACAGUCCAACUUUACAUGCCUCAUUACCCUCCCAAAUUUUAAAAAAACUCCUCUCCUCUUUGAAAUUAAAUUAAAAUGGUAAAAACAUUUCCUUGAUGUGCUGUGCUGUAUAAAUUGGGAAAUCUUCAAUAGCCUGGGAAAAGAGAAAUUUUAAACUCAGGAUUAUCAGACAUUUGCUGUAAUAUAUUAAAUUUUCUGAUAAGGCUGCUUUAAAAUUAAAGCACUUACAAAAAAAUUUAGGGCAACGUACUAUUAGGCGUAAAAGUUCUCUUGCUCUUUAAUGUACAUGUACAUAUAUAUUGAAUGACUGGCUACAAUGGGUACACACUGGCUUCCUGUUUACACUCAUUUUUCAAAGACUUGUUGGGAGCCUUUGUCUUCAGGACAUCAUGGAAGCAUCAACCACAAUAUACCUUUAAUUGAGAAAAUUUUUCCUAAGUGGUUUUCCAUUGUGAGACACCUGCACAUUUCCUCUCCUUUAAAGAUUUUCUUACUUCUUAUAAUUGUGUAUUAAACAGUUAGCUUCUCUCACUGUUAGGUUAAAAUGAGAAGUUUGAGGCUCAUCUAGAUUUUUUCUAUGCUUGGAUUCAAAUCAAUUUCUAUGUGAUGAUUUAUGACAACUGUUCCAAGAUCUCACCAUCACAUAUCCCACAUUUUUGGUUUAUAUUACAGCAAAUUAUUCUUCCAUUGUUAAUGGAUUUUCUCCUUUAGAAUUACUUGUAGUUUAACUUUAAGUGACACUGUACCAACUAAAAUCAUAAUACCAUACAGCACUUUCACUUCUGAUGAUUGUAUACCAUUGUCCAUGAUAAACUUUUUAGGUAAGGGACCUGUCAGUAUUUUUUGCAGGGGAAAAGGGGAGGGGGGCGGGGACAGAGGAUUUUUGAGGGGAUCACAUGGUUAUCAAGGGCAGUGGAGGGGGAAUCAGUCAUUGCUAACAGAGCAUAAAGGGGGGGGUUACAGAAAAUUGACUAACAAUUAGGGAGGAAGGGGUGAUCAGGUAAAUUUUAUUGUGACAGAACCCAAGUACUCUCCCCAGGUGAUAAUAAUGACUAGUCCCUGAGAUUAUGUUUUUUCUCCUUUUUUUUCGUAGAGAUGGGUUAGGUAUUGGAAUUGAAUGGCUUGUACAAUCAGUAAAACGAAAUCUGGAACGACCGCCUCGACAGAAAGAUAUCACAUAACUUAAACCUGAUCAUAAAGGAAUUUCUUAUUACAAUAACUCUAAAUUUCCAAGCGGAAAGGUGAUGAGAAGAAAGAAAAUAUCAACAGGGAAUGUUUUUUUAUUUCAUUAGCGUUAAAUUCUCAGAGCUCAAAUGAUGUUAAAAAACAAAACAGUAGACAGUGCGGAGAGUUGAAAUUUAGAUCUCAAGAGUGAAUGGGCAACAUAAGCUGGAUAAAAAAGGCAUACAUUUUUGUUUUUUGUUUUUGUUAUUUUCUCUUAAUUUAAAUGAAAAUUUGGAUUUCUUAUUCACAAAAUGUCCAGAGUUAUACGAGUUAUUAUAAUGUGCAUUAUAUCAAAUAUACUUAAAAUUUAUUCGGAUGAUGUGCGUGAUAAGAAUAGCGUACUCAUACAAGUCAGAGGUAUUCAGAUAUAACAGAAAAAUGAAUAUGCAUCGCAUUUAAUUUGUACAAAAAGCAAUGUUAGAGAUGAUGUAGGUACUGCGUAGACUACAUGGCUUGGGAAAAAGGUCAUAGGAAAUUUCACGUCAUGCUACGAGUAAAUGUAAGAAAAAAUGUUUGUACAGUAUUUACAAGUGUUUGUUGCCUAUUUAGUCAAUGUGCCUAGCUGUGACAUUAAGUUUGAAAGACAUUGAAGUACAAAACUCUUACUUCGCUGUUAAUCAAACAAAAAAUUCGCGUGACUUUGUACUGAUCAGCGGUUGUUAGCCAACUUUGUCUGUUGAUUCCUGUCAUUCUGAUUGAUGGUGUUCUGAGUUCUGAACUUUACUAUUCGAAUGUUACUGACAAACGCAGUAGAAAUUUUUUUACGUUGUGGCAUUUGCCUGGUGUGCAUUAAUAUAUUUUUUUUUUAACGUAACCUAACCCGAUUCAGGAGGCCGUAACAAAAUUAAUGUUUCUUUUUUUUAUUAUUCAUUAACCGUAAACUGACUUUCAUAUUCACUGUAAGAGAGAUUAUUAUAUAAUAUUUAUUCUUACCCAGGUUUAGGAAUAUUAAAAUUGUCAAGCGAAUUGGAUGAGAAAAAAUAAGUAUAAACUGUCUGAGAAUGAUCACAAAAGUGUAGCUUUGUAACAUUCCCUUUUACCCACAAAUAAUAGCGAGGAACAAAGCGAAAAUGUCGCUGCCAUCACUAAAGAUGGUAAACAUUUUUAUCUUUGCUAUGGUUUACUAGAAAACAGAUGCCAUGUUUCGUGAAAGAUGAAAUUUUUGCGAGUGCGUCUGAAAUAAGGCCAUCUACAUGAAGCUAACCUGAUUGCACUACAUCAGCUAUGGGGUUUUAGUGGUAGGGCAACGACCUCUAUGUUAUUGAAAAGAAUCAGUCUCUAAGCUCUUGAAAAAAUUACUUCCUGAGGUGCUUAUGUAGCUGGGGGUAAUCUGAGGUGGUGGUGUUUGUCUGACCUUGGGAAUGUAGAGGAUCACAAUCUUUCACGAUGAAUCUUAUAAUCAAAAUGCAACUGUAUCACUGAACAUAAACUAUACAAUAGAAAUACCCUUUAAGUUUAAAGUUACCUUUAAGUGUCAGCAAAAUUUGGUAGCAUUAAUUUUUUAGUGAAGAAUGUAUAUUAAGAUUAGUUAAACUUUAGAAUAACAAUACCGGGAUGUAUUUGAAGUCUGUAACAAUCUAAUUUAGUUUAAGGAAAAAAACAGCUUGCAAUGUCCACGCCUAUGUUUAUAUAGCUGGUCUGAAUGUUUACACUACCUAUCAAGGUUUGCGUUCAGAGGGGUAUAAAUCCUGUGUAAAAAAGAAAAACAGGGAACGUAAUUUUAAAUUAGAUAAUUGCUAUCAGUUGUACUUAAUGCAGCUAUAGCAUUUAAUUCUUGACAAAUGAUGAAUUAACGCAUUUGCCGAAACAUGAUUAUUUCAGCGAACCAGAGAUCUUAUUAUGUUUAGAAAAGUUGAGAACAAACGAUGGAGAAGAAAUGACGGAGGAGAACUCAGUCAUCUCUUUAUAUAUUAAAAUCUCUUUAUAUAUUAAAAAAUAAAUAAAUGAACAGCAGUUCUAACGAAG